AGAAACUUAAAAUUUUUUUAAUUUAAAAUGCUACAAAGAUUACUAGUUUACUAACAACUUAUUUGUAUAUAAAAAAAAUGUAGAUUUACUGUAUUUCAUAUACUUUAUCGAUAACAUUUUUUAUUUGAAUAUCUGAUAAAAAUGCAAACACAAUUCGUAUAUUUUUACGUAACACAUGGAAAGUCCAAAAGAUUGCGCGCGUUGCAACUUAGCGAUCAGGAGGGAAGAAUUGUUUGUAAUUUAAAACCUUUAUUUAUUAAUGCUUUAUUUUAUUUGAAGAUUCCCUCAUGCAUAGUUUGAUCGCGAAAAAUCUAAAGCGGUUUCAUACAAAGAAGCUGUUAAUAAAUGAACAAACAGAAUUAAGAUUCUCUUGUUCACCUGUAACGACAAAUAUUACACAAAUUAGUAUGUUAGCAGAAGAAAAAGAUUUAGAAUUAGAAACAGUGGAGCCUGAAUUUCACACCUUGUCUUGGUUGCACAAAAGUGCUCCUUGUUUUCCUAUCAAUGGAUCAAAGAUUAAGAUCAUUCAUGAACCAAGCGUAUUUUAUUCUACUCUCAUAGAGAAAUGUAAAAAUGCAAAGAAGAGAAUAACAUUUGCGUCCUUAUAUUUAGGCACAGGAAAAUUGGAAUCUAAUUUAGUAAAAGCUAUAGAUCAAGCUUUAAGUGUAAACAAUGGCAACAUCGAAGUUAAAAUUUUAUUAGAUUUUAUGAGAGGAUCUAGAGGUAAAUUAAACUCACGUAAAAUGCUGGAACCGUUACUUAAUGGAAAACAUGGCCAUUGCUGUCAAGUUUUUCUCUAUCACACUCCCAAACUUCGUGGAUUUCUAAAAAUGAUCAUACCAGAUCGUGUCAAUGAAUUAGUAGGGAUACAGCACAUGAAACUGUACAUGAUAGAUAAUGAUAUAAUAAUUAGCGGUGCUAAUCUUAGCAAUGAUUAUUUUACGAAUCGACAAGAUCGUUAUUUUCUGAUUGAAGAUUGUAAAGAUCUUUGUGAUUUUUAUGACGAAUUAGUCGAAAGAGUAGGUAACUUUAGUUUUGUACUUCAACCGAACGGAAGUACAAUAUUAAAUUCAGCUAUAAAAGCCCAUCCUCUUAAAACUCCUACAAAAUUCAUUGAACAUGCUGCGGAUAGCAUGAGAACUCUGUUCCAGAGGGAAAUAGAAGAACGUUCUGAUUUUGAAAAACUAGGAAAAAAUUUAGAUACAGAUACUUGGAUCUUUCCUUUGAUACAGAUGGGCCAAUUAAAUAUCUAUCAUGACAGUCUGAUAACACUGAAAGUGUUGCAGACUACACCCCCGGGUGCGACGUUGAAACUAGCCACUGGUUACUUUAAUUUAACUUCCGAAUACAGUAAUGCAUUACUUAAACACUGCCAAGGAACGUGUCAUCUUUUGACUGCACAUCCAACUACCAAUGGUUUUUUUUCGGCAAAAGGCUUAGCUAGUAGCAUUCCAACAGCAUAUACGAGAUUAGAAGAAUCGUUCAUGGAAUCCUGUAACAAACUAGGGCAGCAAAAUAGAGUCACUUUAUGGGAAUUUGUUAAGCCAGGUUGGACGUAUCAUGCAAAAGGAUUAUGGUAUUCUUUACCGCAUCAAGAAAAGCCUUAUCUUACACUCAUUGGAUCCCCCAAUUUUGGUUACAGAUCAGUUAGAAGAGAUUUAGAAACUCAAAUUGCAGUUGUGACGAAAAAUAAAGAUUUACAGGAUAAAUUGCAAAAGGAACAAGAACGUCUAUUUUUGAAUGCGAAGCGAGUAACAAGUAAGACAUUUCUUGAACGGGACAGAAGUCCGCCCGCGUGGGUAUGUGCUGCGGUUGUUCUAUUUAGGUAUUAUUUUUAAACAUGUGUUAUUCGUAUGGAAUAUCUACCACAUGCAAUCUAAUUUACAAUCUAGAAUAGGGAAGCAUCUAUUUAUAUUAAUUGUUUCCUAAAAAACAAUUAUUGUACGAAAUAAAAAAAAAAAAUAA